AUGCCACCAAUUCGCAAUAAAAACCGGAAAAAUUUAGAUGAGCAAGAGGGACGAAUCUUAUUAGCAAUUUCCGAUUUACAGAAUGGCCGAAUUCAACGUGUAGCUCAAGCUGCAAGGAUUUACGAGAUCCCCCGGACAACUUUACAAGAUAGACUCAAUGGUAUUCAACAAAGAUCUCUCGUACGCGCCAACAGCCAUAAAUUGACUCAAUAUGAAGAGGAAUCGCUUGUCAAAUGGGUGCUUGAUUUAGAUCGACAUCGAUUCCAAAUCGCAAGGAAAUACAACUACGAACGUGCUAAAUGCGAAGAUCCAAAGAUAAUACAAGAACAUUUUGAUCGCGUACAAGCUGCUAUAUCUGAGUACGGCAUCUUACCGGAAGAUAUAUUCAACUUUGAUGAGACUGGCUUUGCUAUGGGACUCUGUGCAACUGCAAAGGUUAUUACUGGAAGCGAUCGAUAUGCUCAGCCGAAGCUUUUACAGCCUGGAAAUCGAGAAUGGGUGACUGCAAUUGAGGCAACAAAUUCAACUGGAUGGGCUGUGCCUUCCGAUAAUGGCUGGACUACAGAUCAGAUAGGAUUAGAAUGGCUUAAAACCCAUUUUAUUCCCUAUAUUAAUGGUCGUACGGUUGGAAAAUAUCGAAUGUUGAUUCUUGAUGGCCAUGGAAGCCAUUUGACACCAGAAUUUGACCAUAUAUGUACUGAGAAUAAUAUUAUUCCAGUCUGUAUGCCACCUCAUUCUUCGCAUCUCUUACAGCCUCUUGAUGUUGGCUGUUUUGCUGUUUUAAAGCGACAUUAUGGGCAGCUUGUUGAGCAACGAAUGAGGCUUGGUUUCAAUCAUAUUGAUAAAAUGGACUUCUUAACAGCAUUUCCACAGGCUCGUACAGUGGCAUAUAAAGCUCAAACUAUUUGGAAUAGCUUCGCAGCCACUGGAUUAGUGCCUUUCAAUCCAGAUCGAGUUAUACAACAGCUUAAUAUUCGAUUGAAGACACCAACCCCCCCUCCAAGUCGAUCAAGCAAUACGGCAUCAUCCUGCUUACAAACACCUCAAAAUAUACGCCAAUUUAUACGCCAGUCGACUACAAUCAAUAAACGUAUAAAUGAGCGUACAGAAAGCAACCAAAAUCAAGAAAUCAAUCAGGCAGUUGUACGGUUGUCAAAAGCCUACGAAAUGAUAGCGAAUGAUGUUUUACUCGUACGGAAAGAGAACUACGAUUUACGAGCUGCACAUGAGAAAGAGAAGCAAAAGCGCCAAAAAUCUAAAAAGCAAAUAUCUAUUGAGCAAGCGGUUACUAAAGAAGAAGUGCAAGCGCUCGUACAAGGUCAGGUUGAGGCAUCCCAUGCUGUUACUACUACUCCGGCUGAGCCGGAGCUCCCAGCUUCUCAAGCAGUCGUACGCCGCCAAUAUCGCUGCAGUGGUUGUAACGUUAUGGGGCAUAGAAUUAACCAAUGCCCUAGUCGUAUUAGUAGUUAGAUUUUUGUAUAUAAUUUGUAUGUGGCUUUGAAAAUUGGGAUUUGAAAUCAAUAUCGCGUACGCGCUCGGGAAAAAAUGCCGGCUCGGUAGUGGUGCCGCUUCGGUGGUGAAUUACGUUAGUGCUCGCCUUCGCUUAGUCAUCGCUCUAGUAAACCAACGUUCCGACAUGAUCUAUCGGAACUUGCAGUGCACU